GAAACAUAAAAAAAACGUGGUUAAACUUUUAAAAAUAUUGACAAGUGAAAAUGUUUUGAAAAUAUUUCGUUGGUUUAUAUGUGAUUUGUAUUAAAAGUUUUAAAAAAAUAUGGCAGAAUACGUAAAACAACGUUUAGAAAAUAUAACACCAGAACUUGAGGAGUUAAAACGAUUAAAUUUAUAUAACGAUGAUGAAAUAAGGAAACAAAUAUCAAAAAGAUCUGAUUUCGAAUACAAACUUCAACGACACGAUACAGAGAAACAUCAUUUUUUAUCAUACAUUGAGUUUGAAAUCAACCUGUUAGAAGAUAUUCACUUACGUAGAUUGAAACAUUGUGUGGCGGGUAAAAAAUCAGAUAUAGAACAAUCUAUAACGAAUCGAAUUAUUAAAUUAUACGAGCAAAGUAUCACAAAAUUCACAAACGAUAUAUCAUUAUGGCUUUCAUUAAUAUCAUUCGGUACACAAGCUGGUCGAUUAGAAAAAGUAUCCGAAAUUAAUAAGAAAAUGAUGGAAACACAUCCUAGAAAUCCUGAAGUAUGGACUGCAGCUGCAUUAUGGCAUGUAAAACAGGGACAAUUACGCGAUGCUGAACAAAUCUUACUAAAAGCACUUCAAUAUAAUCCAGAAUGUGAGAAUUUGUACAUUGAAGCUUUUACCGUUCAAUUAAAAUUAAAAACUAAAAUUAAAAUAGAAAAUAGUAAACCGUUCGAACCGGCAUUAAUUAUAUUUCGAUCAACAUUGAAAUAUUUACCGAAAAUUGAACUGCUGUGUAAUCUUUUAAAUAUGACGGACGAGUAUGACGAGUCUGGACGAUUACAAUUUGAAAUUAUAAAUAUAUUAGAAGCGAAAUUCUCACAAAAUGAAUAUUUUUGGCAUGCAUUAGCGUUAAGAGCGUUAGAGGGUAAACCAUAUGAUUCACGAUAUGUGGUACCGAUCGAUAAGGAAUUAUCGGUAAAAAAACGAUUAGAAAAUGCUUGUGCUGUGUAUGUAAAUGCUGUCAGUCAAAUCGAAACACCUCGAAUGUGGGAGUAUUAUUUAAAUACAAUUUUAAAUUAUCCACAUACCAAUGAAGUAGUUCAAUAUAACCUUCUACAAUGUACCUACGAACGAUGUCGCGUAACAAAUAGUCGAUUUUUAACGGAACAUCAUUAUUUGAUGUUAAUACAAUUAACAGAUAAAUUAACUGAUAAAGAACAUAUUAUCAAAUAUGGGAUUGAACAGUAUCCAGAAUCAUGUCAAUUAUGGACCGAAUUAUUAUGUUUUUAUGUUAAGGAUGGUAAAAAUAGUGAAAUUGACAUCACAUUCAAAAAAGGUGUGGAAGCAUUAAAAGAUAAAGCACUGCCACUAUGGAAAAUUGUAAUCAAAUAUUACAUGAUACCCAAUAAUGAUGAUCGGGAGGAAAAAUUCCAAAAAAUUAAAAAAUUCUAUUUAGAUGGAAUUUCUGUUCCGUUUGAGGAGGUUUCGAAUCCAUUAAAAAUUGAUUAUAUUGAAUGGUUAAUUAUUGAGAAAAGUUUUUCAUUUGCACGGACAACAUUUCUGGAAAUGCUUCGGUCAGAGAAACAACCAUUGGAAUUAAUACGAAAAAUGAUUUCAUUAGAAUCAUCGCAUAUUCGACCGAAUUAUAAAAUUAUUAAACAUUUAUUGGAAAUUGUAUGUAAUUUGUAUGGUGAUGUUGAUAUUGAUUCGUGGAUUAAUUUAAUUAAGUUCCAAAUGAAACAUAAUCCUGCUCAGGUAUCAUUUACAUGUGAAAAUGCUAAGCUCAAAUUAUUACCAGAAUAUAGAAAUGAUUUUCAAUUACGAUAUCAGAUUUUACGUAUAAGUGAUGAUGAUUAA